UAAUUUUUAGUGAUAUUUUUUUUUAUAUGAAUUUGGAAGGCAAGGAGGGCAUUGAGAGCACUUAAAGCAUUGGUGAAGUUGCAAGCAUUGGUAAGGGGGCACAUUGUAAGAAAGCAAACUGCGGAUAUGCUAAGGCGCAUGCAAACUUUGGUGCGACUGCAGUCCCGGGCACGUGCAACUCGUGUGAACUUGUCAGAUAACAUGCAUUCUUUCAAGUCUUCACUUUCUCAUUACCCUGUCCCUGAAGAUUAUGAGCACUCACUUCGUGCCUAUAGUACGAAAUAUGAUGGAUCUUCUAUUCUCAAGAGAUGUAGUUCCAAUGCAAAUUUUAGGGACAUUGACUUGGAGAAAAGCCGGUUUGGUUCUCAUUGGUUAGACAGUUGGAUGGAAGAAAAUUCUUGGAGCCAAGCUAGAGAUGCAUCACUGAAAAAAGGGCACGCUGAUGAUGAGAAGAGUGACAAGAUUCUUGAAGUAGAUACUUGGAAGCCACACUUGAACUCACACCAUAGUAGUGGCUCCUCAUUUCAGACAACAUCACAUCAUCAUUUGUCUUCAGAUUACAACAAUGACAAUUUUUUGGCAUAUGAGUCUCCAUCAAAACGUUCUUCCAAGGCUCUAAAUCCAAGCCUCUCUUCUAGGGAGGUUCUACCCUUUGGCACUCUGAAACUUCACAAAGGAAAAGAAGAAGCUUUGAGAAAUGUUGAGGAUAGUCCUCAAACAUUUUCUGCCUCAUCUAGGCUUGGAAGUGAUUCAAGGAGAGGUCCAUUCACACCAACAAAGAGUGAGUGUGGAUGGAGUUUGUUCAGUGGCUACUCUGGUCAUCCCAAUUACAUGGCAAAUACUGAAUCUUCAAGAGCCAAGGCUAGGUCACAUAGUGCUCCAAGGCAAAGAAUGGAGUUUGAGAGAUACGGUUCCACAAGAAGGUCUCUUCAGGGUCUUUGGGAAGUAGGGCCUAGUUCAGAUAGGGAUUCUGAUUUUAAGAGCAAGGCCUAUGCCACCACAAGCAGCUUGAACAGAAAUGGUAGUGCCAAUUUAAGGUGACAUCACAAGAUUUGUGAAUGAAGACAAUUGAGGUCCCUUUUAUUUUCCCAAAAAAGAAAAGGAAAAGAAAAAAUGAAGACGCAUUGGCUUCCUUUGCUUGGUUUUUCUGUGUAUGACAGCAGUUUUAGGAUGUAAGUAUUUGACCUGUAUUACUAUAUAGUCUUUGUCCCCACACGAUCAAAGGCCACCUUGUUGACUCAUGAUUGGGUUUCACUUAAUUUUGUUAUUAUGUUUAAAUAUUACAUGUUUUGAAUGUUUUUA